AUACGAGUUGACCAAUGUAACCAGUUGGGGUCGGGAGUUUUAAAUUCCCGGUCAUUGAGCCGCUGUUUUCAGAUGUUCGAGCACCGUAACAUUCUGUUUACCGAAAAUGUAUUCGUGAAAUUAGAAGAGUUAACGUUUAAUCUGUUUUAUAUUUUUUAGGACGACGUUUUAAAUGCAGGUUUUUAACAGUACAGCUCGUGCCUGCCUAGUGUUUUUUCACCAGUAACGGGUAUGUUGCUAGCGUGCUAGUUAUUUAUGGACUGAGAGACAUCUAUCGUGACACAUUCACUAACACGCAUAUAUCAUCCUGUGAGUCAAUGUUCCUCUGUAGUCUUCGAAACCAUCAAGCUGUUGUCUUUAUUAUUCAUGCUAACCCUGCACUGUCAAUCUUCUAGAAAAUCUUUUAAGGCUGUCAGACGAAAUGGAGGUCGGCACGGUAGUGCAGGAUGAAAUGAAAUUUCGGGGGGCUGAAUUUGCUGUCAAGGUCGAGCUUGUGGAGCAGUUACUAAUGGUAGAGAUUUCAGAUGUGGUUACAGCAGACCAAUGGAGAGGAGAGUUUGAUCCUGCUUAUAUUGAAGACUUGACCCGGAAAACAGGAAAUUUUAAACAGUUUCCAGUAUUCUGCAGCAUGUUAGAGUCUGCAGUCAACAAGUCCAGUGAAUCUGUGACCCUUGACCUCUUGACCUAUUCAGACCUUGAGCUUCUGCGGAACAGAAAGGCAGGUGUUGUUGGCCGCCCUCGCAUUCAGCCCCAAUCCCCUGCUCUCAGUGCUAAGAGAUACCUCAUCCUCAUCUACACUGUAGAGUUUGACAGGAUACACUAUCCUCUUCCACUUCCAUAUCUUGGGAAACCUGAUCCAGCAGAGCUGCAGAAAGAGAUUCGAGCUCUGAGAUCUGAGCUGAAAUCACUGGUACUGAGAGGAGACCACAAAGUGUCAGACCAGGAGACACGCAGGCUACGUGCAGAAUUGGCUUUAGUGAGAGAUGAAAAGGAGGCCUUGGCCAAGGCUCUGGACCAUCUACAGAUGGUCGGUGCCAGUUCCACACCUGGGGCUCUUGGGCUCAGAGAGGCAGUGCACAGCCUAGGGGAACAGCUGCUGAAGGAAAGGGCAAAAAGCCAACGUUCUGCUAGCAAGAGGGGCCAGGAACAGCGCCUCCUACUGGAACAGCUGGAGGAACUCAAGGCUUCAGAACGGGCUCUUCGGAUACGUGUCAAAAAUUUGACCACUGAGUUGGCCUUGCUACGUCGUGGUCGGGCAACUCCAGUCAUGUCUGGCCGAAGUGGACUCAGAAGUGAUGGGGAGGUUCAUCUGUCUUUAUCCAGAGAGCGCAGUUUGACCCGUGUAGGGGUGAGAGCUCGCUCUGGCUCGAGAGAGAGGAUGGAGGAUAGGAGCAGAAGGUCAGAGGAGAGAGUUAGGAGGGCAGAUUCUUCAGGGUCUCGGAACUGCAUCUCAAGACCCUCACCAUCUCCAACAGGGUCACGGGUGCCUCGGUUUGAUCCCACGGCCUUCAUACAGGAUCGGCAACGGCGCCAAAGAGAGGCAGAGAUGAAAAAUCAGAGGAGGAUUAGAAGGGACAUGUUGGCUUCACCAUCUCUGAUGGAAAGAGGGCGUUCACGGUCCAGAAAGCCUGUUCCUCAGCUGAUGAGAGGAGGAAGUGCUGGCAGGGGGAGGAGUGUGUCUGUGGAAAGCAGGAGUCGAUGCUCUUCUGAAGGAUCUGUUGCUGAGUUUGAAGAGCUUGCUAAACCUCUAAAUAGCAGGGGAAGGAAACUGGUGUGUAAUGGUCCAGCUGUGACCAGACGAAGACACUUAAACAAAAAACCAAUGUGCAUCACUCCGGCACAAAGGAUAAGGGCUCCAGACACAUCUAUUGACACAGGUGCUGACCUGUCAGAGAUCGACGCUCGUCUCCAGGCCCUUCAGGACUACAUGCGGGACCUUGACACUGGGCACUGACUUUUCUGAGUGGAUUCAGAUGCUGAUUUGGGCAUUUUGCACAAGCUAAUAUGGAGACUGAAUAACAUGGACAAUUAUUACUUGUACAACAUAAUUCAAACACUGUGUACAGAUGUAUCUGUAACAUGUAGCUAUUUUUACAUGAAAAUACACAAACUCUCAUGCCAUUUAUUUUCUUUAUCUCUAAUGUAACUUUUGGACUAGUUUUAUGAAAUGCAAUGACAUUUGGUUUUGUAAAUGGGGCUCUUGAGACUGUUGCCAUAUCAGACUUGAAGUAAACCAGAAGUGUCCAAAAGUAUGACCUCAGGAUAUCCUGUGUAUAUAUAUAUAUACCUGUGUGUAUAUUAUGAAUAAGUGUUUGUUGACCAUUGUUUUUUUUUUACAUGAUUAGUGUGUAUGUUUUAUGUAUGUUUUAGCUGCUCUUCCAUUUGUAUGUUUGUGAGAUUCUGAAAAACUGUUUUAUAUAUAUAAAGGAUAAGAAUUUUGCUCUUCAUUGCCAUUUCUAUUUAACCUCUGGAAUUAUAUCUUAUUGUGGUGCAAAAAAUUAAUCUGAUAUGCCACAAUUUUAUAUCAUUUUUUAUAAUCCAUCUAGCUCAACUUGUAGAGCAUAGCACCAGCAACACCAAGCUUUUGGGUUUGAUUACCAGGGAACGCAUACUGAUAAAAAUGUAAACCUUGAGCACACAAAGUUGCUUUUGUUAAAAGCAUCUGCCAAAUGUGUAUAUAAUGCAGAUAUUUCUGUUCUAACAUGCAUACUUCAGUUUUUACCAUUUAAUAUUUGCUAUUUCUGUCAGUCCAUGUCUCUCAUUUUUUUAAUGUGACACCACUAAAAUCUUGUAUGUAGAAUGCUUAAGGUUAAAACACUGUAGAUUGACUAUAGAAGAGGAUUACAGAACCUUUAAACCCUUCUUGAUAAAAACAUGGUUAUAGAUUUAUUGUGGUUGUCUGUAGAUGGACACAUCUUCUAUAAUGUAAUUAAAAGCAUAUUAAUAUUUGGAACAACAUGAGGCUAAGUAAAUGAUAACAGAACUUUCAUUUUUGGGUGAACUUUAGCUUUAAGUGCCUUAUUCAUAUGAGGAAACAGCUGCUAACCUCACUUUUUUUCCAGCACACAGACAUUGUAAUUAAAAGACACAUUUACGCUUAAACGCAUACCUCGGGUCUUUA